AUGAAGUUUUCAACCGCUUUCGCUCUUUCUGCUCUUGUCUCAUGCAGCCAGGUUGCUGCGCAUGGAACCAUCACUCUCGUUAAAGGCGCCAAUGGCGUCAACAUGCCCGGUUUGAGUGUUGUUGAUGGAACACCACGUGGUUGUGCUUCCGCUGCCUGCGGUGCACAGAAAGACACCGCCAUCAUCCGCAACUCCGAGAUGGGCGGCAAGGCUAGCGCGCUCGGUCGCACCGCCUACGGCCCCGUUGACCCAAGCAAGGUCAUGGAUGCAUACAUGGGACGAUCCAAGCGACAUGCUCGUGACCUAUUGGGCGCUCGCCAGUUGAUCAAUGAAGCAGCGUCUGCCUUCACCGGACCCAUUGGUGCUGUACUCAAUGGCGUCCAAGAUCUCGUUCAGCCCACCCCAUUAAAGCCUCUAAUGGAUAGCAUCACAAAUGCUGGCAAUGGCCUUGGGGGUGCGAUGCCAGGUAUGGCUACCGGUGCCGUCGUUGGCGCCGAUAUCAAAGAGGGCGGCGUCAACCAAUACUACGGCAAAGGCAAAUCGGCCGGCCUCCCAACAGCAUCUUCCGACGGAACCGUGACGAUGAUCUACCACCAGGUCAACCAAGAUGGAGCGGGACCUCUCUUGGCUGAAAUUGAUCCAUCCAGCGGUGGCCAGGACCCAGGCGCUUUCCAGAAGGCCCAGAUCCUCACCAACAUCCCCGGUGUCGCUGGCCUUUCCACCAGCUCGAACUCCGAUUUUGAAAUUAAGGUCAAGAUGCCUGAGGGUAUGAAAUGUACCGGCACCGUUGGAUCGGCGAAGAAUGUUUGCAUUGCAAGAGUUCGCAAUGCCGCUCUUUCCGGUCCCUUUGGUGGCUCUGCUGCUUUCACCCAGUAA